UAUAUUGUUGAAUAAUGAAUAUUUCAGUAUAUUGAGAAAAAUUUGAGUCUUUAAAACGACAACUGGCGUUAUAUUACGUUUAUAAAGAUAACAAUCCAUAUUUUAAUAACAGACAUAUUAACUUUAUACGGAUUAUAUUAUUUUUUUUUCAAAACAAAAGGAAACGUUUGAUUUAAAUUAUGCGAAUACGUCAUCCAAGAUUCGACAGUCCAAUUCAAUCACCAUCAACAACUAAUGAAAUGAGGAAACAUUUGUUAAAUUCAUCACAGGGAUCUUCUAUUAAAAUGUCUGAUUCACAACAAUGUAAAUCAAGGCAAAGUUCACCUCGUUUAUCUUCAACCGAUGGUCAUGUGUCAUCUAUUUCCGGUAUGUCAGAAUCAUGUGAUGAUCCAACUAAUACAUAUCUUAAUCCAGAUUUCACUGAUCCACAAUUAAUGACAAAAACUGAUCAGAUUUCAAUCAAAAUAUCAACAACAGUAUAAUCCAAGUCAUUGCAAAUUCAAUUAAAAUUCAUACCCAAUGCACAAAUAAUCAGUUGUCUGGACUCAGUGGCUAAAUGGACAACUCGAUGGAGUUCAAAGCCAACGGUGUCAUUCUGACUUAAAACUCUGGGAUGUAAGUGCAUCCAGCUGAUGAGUCCCAAACGAGAUAAAACACGCAGCCUGAAUUCUACUGCUAACCAUAUUCCAUCUGUUCUAUAUCACUGGGAAUGAAACUACAUAUACCGUGUGAUUCAUCUGGUCCAAGUCCUUUGGCUAUGUUGGCUCGUACUUGUCAAAAUAUUGGUAACAUAAUGGAUUGUGGAAAUUCUUCUAACAGAUUUUUAUCAUCUAAUUCAAAUUCUAUACGUAAACAAUCAACUGUCAGUCCAAUUCCUGUCACAAGUGGUAGAAUUACCACUAAUAAUAAUAAUAAUAAUAAUGGUAAUAAUAAUAGUAAUAUUACGAAAUUAAAUAAACCUAAAGUAAUGAAUUUAAAUGAAGUUAUGUCAUCGUCUUUUAAUAAGCGAAAUACAACUUCAAAAUACUUAUCUUCAAAUGAUACAUCCAGGUUGAACUUCUCUAAUACUUCUGGAAGUGUAGGUACUGAGCUAAAUAAUUCAGUUAUCAAUACUACCGGUAAAACAACUCGUAAUAAUAAUAAUAAUAAUAAUAAUAAUAAUGACCCAGUGGCCAGUUCAUUAGCACUAAAUCAUAAUACAACUAGACAACAAUCACCUAUUUCUAUUCCAUCCACUUUAUUUCCACCUAUUCAUUCAACUAAUAAAACUGAAUCUAAUUUAACAUCAUUUAAUAAUAAUUUUAUUAAAUCAGAUGAUUUAUAUCAAACAUCAAAUGCUCUUGCUCAAUUAGCUCGUUUAUCAUCAAGUUUUUCAUUACCUGAAACACCAAAAUUAAAUUUUACAUGUUUUAAAAAUUCGAAUCAUUUAAUAAACAAUCGAAAUUCAUGGAAUGAUAGUAGAAAUAGUACCGAUCAUACUAAUACUACUACUACUACUACUACUACUAAUAAUAAUAAUAAUAAUAAUAGUAAUAUACAACACGAUCAAAAUUCAUUGAAACGAAUGAAACGACGUACAAAUUCCAAUUCUAAGUAUCCUAAUACAUCUGAUGAGUGUAAUUCACCACCUUUAGCUAAACGAUAUACAAAAGAUAAUAAUUAUUCAUUUAUUAUAAAUUCAAUGAAUAACUAUAUUAAUAAUAAUAAUGAUUCUAAUCAUUCAAAUUAUGAAUUAAACAAUACUCCUAAUAUAAAUAUCUCAUCUAAUAUGACAACGAAUAUUAUGAAUAAUCGUAUACAAUCACCUAAUUAUAAUAAUUUCAUAUUAAAUAAUGAACAAUUAUUUAAAUAUAAAGAAACUAAUAAUCUAAUAACAAACAAGGAUACCCAUGAAAAAUUCUCAUAUCAAUUAGCUCGUAGUUUUUUAGAUUAUUUCUAUGGUAAAUUAGUUAAUUCAAUAAAUUCUGAAUCGAAUAAUAUUCCUUCUACAACAACAAUUAGUACUACUACUACUACUCCUAAUAAUAAUAAUAAUACUAAUACAACUACUACCAAUAUUAUAAACAAUAAUCAUAAUCAUACAUUAUUCAAAGAAGACAAUAAUGAAUCUGUAAAUCCUUUAUGUAUAAAUAAUGAACGACGAACAUUAGAAUGGUUAACCAGUACAAAUUUAAUUCAUCGACAACAUACAAUGGAACAAUUAAAUCCUAUAACUAAUCAUAAUGUAACAACUACAACAAAUACAUUUCCAUGUUUAUUAUGCGGUCAAAUAUUUCAUGGUCAUACAGAAUUAUGUAUGCAUGUAUAUACACAUUUAUUAGCAUUCAAUUUAAAUGAUGCAAAAAAAUCAAAUUCUAUAGAGGAUAAUAUGAGAUUAUUACACUGUGAAACUAAUCAAUUACAAAAUAAUAGAUCAAAUGGUUUAUUAAUUGGAUCUAAAAAUGAUCAUUCAUUUAUGCCAUUCUUAUUUCCACCUUCACCAUCACAAUUAACUCGAUCUAAUUUGUCAAUGACAACAAUCAACACUCCAACUACUGUAUGUUCUGUAAAUUAUAAUAAUAAUGAUAAUAAUAAUAACAAUAAUAAUAGUAAUAAUAAUGUACAAUCUCAUCCAAUAAAUGGUACAGAUCAUCCAUUCAAUCCUUCAGACUUAUUUCAAUCAUAUUUAUCUCAAUGGAUUCGUAGUUUUUCUAGUCCUAAUUCAAAUAAUCAAUUAAAUGAUAUAAUCAGUCAUAAUCAAUCAUCAAAUUUACCAUGGAUACCAACCGAUAAUACAAUAAUGAAUAAAUCAAUAGAUUAUAAAGCAUGGCAAAAUAUUUUAACAACAGCUUAUUUAUAUUCAUUAAAAGAUACUACUACAACAGGAACAAUAAAAGAACAAAUUCCUACAACAAUAACAAAUUCAAAUUUUUUAACAUCUAUUCCUUUACAAAAUUCAUUACAUAAAAAUGAUAAUCCUAAUUAUUACGAUAUAUUUCUUGGUUCAAAGCCAUUUAUAACACCAUUUCCUCAAAGCUAA